CAGCAUCUCUUGAAAGCUUUAUCUCGUUGUGGCUUGAGUUCGAAUCCACGCAAGGUACCAAACCAUCUCCAUCAAUCGAAUACAAAGAAAUCUCUGUCUUUCUUUUUUUUUUUUUUUUCUUGUGAUUCUAAAUCGUCGCUUGAGGUUUUGGUUUUCUCUUUAUGAGAAUUUCUAGGGUUUUCUUGAUUUCCCCUGUUUUUUUGGAAUCCACGAGUUGUGUUGCUUACGAGUAAUCGUUUCGUCCUCAAUAUAAUGCCGGAUUGAGUAAUUCGAAUCGAACCCAUUUUCAAAUUUGGUGUCUUCCGUUCAAAGAUCGAGACUUUUGUGCCUUGUUGACUGCAUUUUUCGAAGAUGCGCAUUUCAAGAGAAGACGAAGAAGACCCAUCAAGAAGAAAUCGAAGGAAUCAACCACCAUUGUCGCUUCCUCAAACUCUCAAACAUUUCCAAAAAGAUUUGCUUGCUGGUGCUGUAAUGGGGGGCGUUGUUCACACGAUCGUGGCUCCAAUCGAAAGAGCGAAGCUUUUAUUACAAACACAAGAGAGCAACAUAGCAAUCGUUGGAGACGCAGGGAAGAGAAGGUUCAAAGGAAUGUUCGAUUUUAUCUUCCGUACGGUUAGAGAAGAAGGUGUUAUAUCUUUAUGGAGAGGCAAUGGGAGCAGUGUGCUUCGUUAUUACCCUUCGGUUGCUCUCAAUUUCUCUCUCAAGGAUCUAUAUAGAAGCAUUCUUAGAAACAGUAGCUCUCAAGAGAAUCAUAUCUUCUCUGGUGCAUUAGCUAAUUUCAUGGCUGGUUCUGCAGCUGGUUGUACUGCUUUGAUUGUUGUUUACCCUCUUGAUAUCGCACACACUCGUUUAGCUGCUGACAUUGGGAAGCCUGAAGCUCGUCAGUUCAGAGGAAUCCAUCAUUUCUUGUCGACGAUUCACAAGAAAGAUGGGGUUAGAGGAAUUUAUAGAGGCUUACCUGCGUCUCUACACGGUGUGAUUAUUCACCGUGGCUUAUACUUUGGAGGGUUUGAUACGGUUAAGGAGGUUUUCUCAGAGGAUUCAAAACCGGAGUUGGCAUUGUGGAAGAGAUGGGGUUUGGCUCAAGCUGUGACUACUUCUGCUGGAUUGGCUUCUUACCCGUUGGAUACAGUUCGUAGACGGAUAAUGAUGCAAUCCGGGAUGGAGCAUCCGAUGUACCGUAACACAUUGGAUUGUUGGAAGAAGAUAUAUAGGAGUGAGGGGUUGGCUUCUUUUUACCGUGGAGCACUCUCUAAUAUGUUUAGAAGCACAGGUUCGGCUGCUAUCUUGGUUUUUUAUGAUGAAGUGAAGAAGUUCUUGAAUUGGGGAGGGAUCUAAGGAGUAAGAUUAACAAGCUGAGAGGUAAGCCUUGUCAAUCCAUAUUAGAGACAGAAGAAGAAGGAUUAUUCAUUUUGUUACUACACCUUAACAAGGAGACAUAUGUAGAGAGAAAGCUUUAGGUGAUAAUAUUCGUUUUUGAGGAUUUGGCUAUGCAUCUUGAUUCUUUUCUUCUUGUUAUAGACUUCUGUGUGUAUUGAGGAAAGAAAAAGAAGGAAACUAUUUUGUAAAUAAAAGACAUGGAUUGGUCUAAUCCCAAGUAUUGCAUUCGUUUUUGAUAUAAUUUGUCAUCAAUUUGAGUUUUCAUUAUUGAUAAGAUUACAAAGGCUCGAACUUUGAUCUA